GGAUCAGAUCUCGUAACAUCUUCCCACUUGCGGCUUUCACGAAAACGCGGCCCUGAUCCAAGUCAAGCCACCUUUUGAGCAUUCACAAUGGGGUUUGUCGUGCUACCCGCCCUACCGGCAGACAUCAGCGCCGUUUACGAUGUGUACUUUGCGGCCUUCAAGGACAACGCAAUCACGCGGGCACUGUUUCCUUCAGCCACAGCGGAGGACUUGACGGAUCCGGAGUCUGAGUUCCGUAAAGGGCACACUGCACACACUCUACAGUACAUGCAGAACAACCUCACGCAACACACACUGAAAUGUGUAGAUGCAGAGACCGGUAAGAUUGUGGGUAUGGCCUUAUGGGACGUUUACAUUACUCCCAGUGAUUGGGAGAAGGGCGAAAUAGGGUGGUUGUCAGGAAAGGAAAGACAGCGGGCUGAGGCACUGAUCGGUCCACUAUGGGGCGCCCGAGAGAAGUUGUGGAGCAAGGAGCGUUACUUGUACUGCCACGUGCUCGCUGUUCAUCCCGACUCUCAACGGAAGGGUGUCGGUGAACUGCUAGUGGAGUAUGGCAAGAAGAUCGCGGUACAAGCCAAUCUUCCGAUCUACGUUGAGAGCUCCAAGGAUGCUAUCAGGCUGUAUGAGAAGACAGGCUUCCGAUGGCUGAAGGAACGCCCUGUUCACAAGUUGAAUGAUCUGUGGCCAGAUUCAAGCAGCGACGAGGAAGACCAGGAGAUCCCGCUCUUGGUUUGGAUUCCAGAAGGCCAGAAGUCGAUACUGCCGGCUGCUGUUCAGCUUGCUUAAAAGGACCAAAUAGAAAUACUCAUACUCAUAUGUCUAUCAGAUGCAAAUGCUUAU